AUGUCGAUCCUACACCUCCCAGAACCACCGCCAUCAACAUCCAUCACGCUCGGGCAGAUCACUACCAACCCUUUAAGCGCCGCCUGCGACUCCAUCAAGCCUUCAGUAUCUUCAGAGUUUACACAGAAGGUGACCCGCUCAAAACAAGAGGACACUACAUCUACAUUGCACGUCAGCGUCACCGAACCAUCACAACUCUUCGACACCUUACGCAACGACACCAGCACACGAGACUUCCUCCGCAAGCUAUCGCAACAAAACAAGCCAAUCUACUUCGUCACCGGCCUCCAAACUUCCAAACCCCCAAGCCACAAGCGUGCGACCGUGUCACACGAGCCCAUAACCGAGGCUACGGAAACCCCGCAAAUACAACAAGUCCAACUACCCUUCCGACGGGUAGACUCGGCAUCUAACAUGGCUUCCUCUGGCGAAGAAGGUUCAGUCGUCGCAGUCGAGCUAAUGAAAGUAAAGUGCCGCGUUGGCGCCGUGAAUGAACCACAUUGUAUUUCGGAUGUGGACUAUGUGUGGAGCUACCAUGCACUUGAGGGUGAGGACGAGGAUUUGCAGUUAUCUAUUGGGCUGGGGAAGGCGGUGGAGGAACGGGAGUGGAAGGAGUUGACGGGUAGUAAAGAAGAACGGGUGGAAAGAGACGCUGAUCAUAACUGGUCUUAUGACUACGAAGACAGCGACGAUGGUCUUGGUGGGUUCUAA